AUGCCUAAUGGCCCAACCCCUCCACGCAAUGCCCCGAAUACUAACGCAAACAAAAAAAACAGUGAGGAAGGCGAUAAACUACCCGCCGCUCAACGUCUCGGACCCAAAGCAAACACCGGUGCUAUCAAUGCAGGCCUGCGCGCCCUCGACCGAACCGGCUCCGCCUGCCGUAAAUGGGAGCGCAAGCCGCUGCAACUGCGCAGCUUUACGGGAAUCAUGUGGCAGCUCCCCUCGUGGCGCACGCCGGGUCUAGCAGAGAGCAAGCUCGACGUUGACAGCAAGCUGCUCGCACCGGAUCUCAGCAGCGCUGUACCCAGUGAGAAGAGUGGGGAUGGCGAUGCGACUCCUGCCAUCUCCUCCAUCCCACGACGCUCCUCCUACGCCUCUGUGGUUUCCGGCAACACAUUAUCGCCUUCCUUCUCCACCCUUCUAAACGAAUCAUUCUCUAACCCAACCUUUGACCGAGUCCACCGGACUCCGUUCGGCGUGGAUGCCGACAUGCAAAUGAACUCCGCCUGGAGACCCGACUCUCUACCACCCCAUUCCCGCAAGUAUGCCGGCUUCCUCCAGUCCGAUAUCCCACACCUAGGACUCACCGACCCUCCAUUCCUCAUCCCCUCCUACCUCCGCAACUCCCGCUACCUCGCCCGACUCGAGUCCGCCCAUCGGUCCAAACUCACCAGAGACUCCAAUCCGCCUCUCUCCGCCUCCUCUAGCAAUGCCCACCUCCCUCGCAUGGCCCCGUCGCACCGCGGCAUGACCUAUGACAUUAUCGAGAAAGAGAUCCCUGUCCCAGACUCACUCUCACCGCUGCCCAGCCAGUGGAGCAUCACGGACAAGUUCGCCGGCCUGGAAUUGAGUAACGAUAAUUUCGAUGUUCGGUAUACCGGUCCUGUCCACAAGCAUGAUCAUGAAGCUGCCGCCUUGCGCGCGGAUCAUCCCAUGCCGCCGCAGUGUGGGAUCUAUUACUUCGAGGUCAAGAUCGACUCCAAGCCGAAAGAGGGUAUGAUUGGUAUUGGAUUCUCGAGUCACAAAGCCUCGGUCGAAAGACUUCCCGGCUGGGAGCAGGAAUCCUGGGCUUAUCACGGCGACGACGGAAAGUCAUUCUUCGGCGAGAGUCAGGGCCAAGGUCGGGCGUAUGGACCGACCUUUACCGUUGGCGAUACUGUGGGUUGUGGUGUGAACUUCUCGACUGGAUCGGCGUUCUUCACUAAGAAUGGCAUCUUCUUGGGUAAUGCGUUCCAUGAGCUGCGCAACGUUAAGCUAUACCCAUCCGUUGGUAUGAAGAAGUUGCCACCGGUACAUCUCAAAGCGAACUUUGGACAGGAGCCGUUCGUUUUCGAUAUUGAUAAUAUGGUCAGGCAAGAGAGGAUAGCCAUUCAAUCUGAGAUCAACGCCACUCCAACGGCAAACCUCCAACCACCAUUGGACGAGUCGACUCUUCUCCAAGAACUAGUCGCACAGUUCCUCGCCCACGACGGUUACGUAGAGACAGCACGUGCUUUCGCCGAAGAAGUUGCCUCAGAAACCAUGGCGCUGCAAAAUGGUCGCAACGAGCCAUUAAAGAAAUAUGAAGUGGAAGAAGACCACGAAGCCAUCAACCGGAACAAAAUCCGCUCCGCUAUCCUGGACGGCGACAUCGACAAAGCCCUCAAACACACAAAAGCAUACUACGCCAACGUACUAGAAGCGAACCCUCAAAUCCAUUUUAAACUACGCUGUCGCAAGUUCCUCGAAAUGAUGCGCCUCUCCAACGAAAUCAGUGCACGACCCCCCUCCGCACACUCCCACGAACACGCCGUCUUCGACCAUGAAAUGGAACUUGAUGACGAUACCGACGGCUCCUUCAACCAGCUUCUCACGGAAGCCGUACAAUACGGCCAGCAGCUUCGGGCGGACUAUCCCAAUGACGAAAACGGCGGCGAUAAGAAGCUGCUCGACGACAUAUUCUCCCUCGUUGCCUACCCUGACCCGAAACGAAGCGUUCACGGCCAUUACCUCGAGGAGAAGGGAAGAGUUGCUGUUGCCGAGGAGUUGAACUCCGCAAUCUUGGUGUCGCUGGGUAAAUCAUCUGCUGCCGCUUUGGAGAGGUUAUACCAACAAACGGAAGUGUUGGUUAAUGAGAUCAGUGAAGAUGGCGGCGCUGGGGCGUUCAUUAACGUUAGGAACGAUGUUCUGCUUUGA